UACCGAAUCCAGCACUAGUUUUUAAGUAGAUGUUUAAGCGUUUACUGCUUUUGCCAGCUGCAGAUCACACUGCUGGUCAUCUGCUUCUCCACGGAUGAAUGCUCACAUGUGUCUACCACCACUGUGACGCUGCUGAUAUAUUUUGUUGAUAAGUUUGACUGUUGGCGCCCUGGCUAGCCUCGUUAGCUGCGACCCUACGCUGCUACCAUUAGCAGGGGAGAUAGCAGUGCAGCAAGUUGGUGCGUUUGCAAAGUUUCAGCGUCGUAAAGCAGUCAUGGAUCUACAUCGAUCACUUGUUUGCAGGUAACUAGACGUAGUGGCUAGCUCAAAGGCGUGACUGGUAGUAAUCUAAAUUUGUGCUAGUUAGCUUUAGCUGUUAAACGGCAGCAGCCUCAGCAUGUCCAAUCAGCUGACUGCGGAGCAGCAGCGAAAGAUUGAGGAGAACAGACGGAAGGCUUUAGAGAGACGAGCCCAAAGACUUGGACAGACUGUCUGCACCAAUAAGCAGACCUCAGCAGGAUUCAGCAGUACUUCAUUACAGAUACAGCCCCCUAAACAGAGCGUCGCUCCGGAUCCUGCCAACAUCGCCCAACACAGAGACACAUCCAGCUCAGUUUCUGAGCCAAAACGGUUUGUUGCACCCAUCAACCAAGAGUCACAGAGCUUCAGCUACCAAAAGCAAGGCCCAAAGCAUCAGCAGUUAUCUGGUAGUGGCAACCAAAUCAACCAGAGUACACUGUGUAACUCUGCCUCUUCAAGACAGGUACAAAUUAUUGACCCACUCCCUCAGUCAAGAAGUCAACAUACGAGCAGUCCUGUCUUAUCUAGUGGAGGAAGCGUUGGUGUGCAACCAGCUCAGCCCAAACCUGACCUCACCUCCAGCAGCUCUGGUGGUGCAAUUGGCUCAUUCUACAAGCAAGUAACUAGAAAACCUACCCAAAGUCCUGUGGCACAACUUCCUUCACACUCCUCAACUGUACCUGCAAAAAAGCCUGCCAUCUCUGUGAGAGGAAAAUGUGUACCUCACACAGAGGACCGCUUCAGAGUAGAAGUGGGUUACCAUGCAGAGCUUAUUUCUGUUUUCAAAUCCAUCCCCUCCAAGAACUAUGACCCUGCAACGAAGAUGUGGAACUUCAGCCUGAAGGACUAUCAACAGCUAAUGGAGGAGGCAGCCUCUAUUGCCUCUGUGUCUCUGAGGCCUCUGGAGGGAAUGGAAGCUGUGGAUGUUGGAGCAGCCACCAGCCGGGCUCGUGACAGUGCGGCACUGGGGGCACUUCUGAAGCUGUGUAACGGCUGGCAGAAACCUGGAGCCACUCUGCAGGGACAGUGCAUCCUGGUGUCUCAGACAAAAUUUGAGGUUGACAUUGGUUAUCAUGUCGAUGUCAUUGCAGCAUUCAAGCAAAUGCAGACAAAGAACUAUGACAUGAAAACAAGAAAGUGGAGCUUUUCACUUGAGGAUUACAAGAAACUCAUGGACCUCCUCGGUGGGAUAGCAGCAGUGGAGGUGGAGCCUCUGCCCAGGGCAGUAAUCCAGGCUUUCUCUGCCAGGUUUGACGGGACUGAAGCCAAGUCUUUAGACGUCCCUGAGGCAGACCUCUUCAACAUCGACCCCUCGCUCACCCAGAGUCUUAUGCCCUUCCAGAGGGAAGGAGUCAAUUUUGCAGUGUUUAAACAAGGCCGCCUCCUCCUGGCUGAUGACAUGGGCCUGGGAAAGACAAUACAGGCCAUUUGCAUAGCAGCCUACUACAGGAAUGAGUGGCCCUUGCUGGUGGUGGCUCCCUCCUCUGUACGAUUCACCUGGGCUGAGGCCUUUAGACGCUGGCUCCCCUCCCUGAGUCCUGACAGCAUCAAUGUGGUGGUGAAAGCCAAGGACAAUCUGCGGUCUGGCCUGGUCAACAUCAUCAGCUACGACCUGCUGAGCAGGAUGGACAAGCAGAAGCCAGGAAACCCCUUCAAUGUCCUCAUCAUGGAUGAGUCCCAUUUUCUGAAGAACAUAAAGACUGCUCGUUGUAAAGCAGCCUUGCCCCUGCUCAAGGCAGCAAAGAGAGUGAUUCUUCUGUCUGGGACGCCUGCCAUGUCCAGACCCUCUGAGCUCUACACCCAGAUUCUGGCUGUCAGACCUACACUCUUCCCUCGCUUCCAUGAGUUCGGGAUGCGCUACUGCAAUGCCAAACAGAUGACUUGGGGCUGGGACUACUCAGGUUCUUCUAAUCUUGGGGAGCUGAAGCUGUUGCUGGAGGAGUGUCUGAUGUUGCGCCGUCUGAAGUCCGAAGUCCUGUCCCAGCUUCCUGCUAAACAGCGCAAGGUGGUCACGGUGACCAUAGAUGGGAUCAACAGCCGCACAAAAGCUGCUCUCUCAGCUGCUGCCAAGGAGCUGGCAAAGGGACAGCGCAAUAAAAUGGAGGAGAAGGAAGCCCUCCUCGUCUUUUAUAACCACACCGCUGAAGCCAAGCUGCAAGCUAUUAUGGAGUACAUCACAGAUAUGCUGGAGUGUGGGAGGGAGAAGUUUCUAGUGUUUGCCCAUCAUAAGUUAGCUCUGGACCAUAUCACCACCGAACUGGGGAAAAAGAAUAUCAGUUUCAUCCGUAUUGACGGGACCACCCCAUCAGUGGAGCGACAGCAGCUGUGUGAGAGGUUUCAGUACUCGACCAAGACCUGUGUGGCUGUGCUGUCCAUCACUGCAGCUAACAUGGGUCUUACCCUGCACUCUGCAGACCUGGUGAUCUUUGCUGAGCUUUUCUGGAACCCCGGGGUGCUCAUUCAGGCAGAGGAUAGGGUGCACCGUAUUGGACAAACCAGCAAUGUGAACAUUCACUACCUGGUUGCCAAGGGAACUGCUGAUGAUCACCUGUGGCCGAUGAUCCAAGCAAAAAUGAAUGUCUUGGAGCAAGUGGGUCUGUCUGAGUCAAACCUCUCAGACAACGCAGUGAACACCAGCUUCCACUCUAAGGACUCAAACCAGAGAAGCAUCAUGGAGAUGUUCCAGAGGUCUUUUACAGCGGAUGACGACAUAGACGAGGCCAUCUUACUGGAGGCUGCAAAUGACUGGGAGGACACUCCACCCAAAAACAGUUCUGGUCAACACCAUGGCAUGGUCAAACAAAGCCCCAGCAAAAAGAGCAUCAAAGACUAUUUCAGCAGAUGACUUGAAAAAAUAUAUGAACAUAUCUUUCUUUUUCUCAUCAGAACAAGUCCUAGUUCCUAGGACUUUUCGCCUAUCAUGACUGAUGUAAACUUAUUUUGUUUUAUAAAAGUUGGCAGAUGGAAAAUAAUAGUCUAAUAAACAUUUUUUUUGAUAAA